AUGCCAGCUCGGAACGGGCGCUUCUUCUCGCGGGAGCCGUUCGACAAUGACAACAGGCUAACGUUGCAGCACGCCGAGGGGCCCUUUGGCUUUCUCAAUCCAACAAGAGCUCAUUUCGACCACUCGGCACUGGCUCCCAAGCCGGCGCCUGACGACAUAGCGGAACCACAUGAGAGCGGCGAUGAUGCGGAAACCAGGCACGAACAGACAAAACAAGCCGGCGAUUCGAACGUUCCCGCCAAGAAUGUCAGGUUCCUCUGGCGGUCUCGAGACAACCGAAAGGGUCGGCAUGCUUUACUCGUCCAAAAGCCGCUUCCAGGAGAGGAGGUGCCUUUCGUGACGCCAAGGCGGACGACACAUCCCCGGGAGAUUGUGAAGACGGUGAUCAGGACUUUCACGCACUACCCCAUCUGGGACAUUUCUUGGCUGGUGGCCUUCAUAUUUACAUGGGGAAGCAUAGUCUGGGUUCUAAAUAGUUUCUUCGUCUGGCUUCCGCUGGUGGCUCCCUCUACCGAGUUCGACGGCGAAGUCUACUGGGGCGGUGGCAUAACCGCCUUCAUCGGCGCCAUCAUCUUUUUCGAAUUCGGUUCCAUCCUUCUCAUAUUCGAAGCCAUAAACGCCAAUAGAUCGGGCUGCUUCGGUUGGGCCGUCGAGCAAUUGGUCGACAAUGGGAGGAGCGGCAAACCGAGGCUUCGGGUGGUCGCAAGCCGCCAUCAUUGCCACCACCAUCACCAAAAUCGACGUAAUUUUGUGGGCAAGCCCUCGGCUACCGCUUCGAUUGAAGCUCAACAGGACUCCAGCAGGGCUAAUGAUGAGAAGCAAUGGCAGUGGUUCCCUUCCUGGCACGACCUGCGCACACAUUAUAUCCACGAGUUGGGGUUUCUCGCCGGUUGUGCACAGCUCUUCGGCGCUACUGUUUUCGGUGUGUCUGGGUUUACCGCCCUGCCGGGUAUCAACAAUCAUCUCACGCCCCAAUGGCGACUCAAUGCUGCAUACUGGAUCCCUCAAGUCGUUGGCGGCAGUGGCUUCAUUGUCAGCAGCACGUUGUACAUGCUAGAAACACAGCAGAAAUGGUGGAAGCCCGCACCUCAUCUUUUGGGCUGGCACAUUGCAUUUUGGAAUCUCGUGGGAGCAUUUGGCUUCACGCUCUGCGGUGCCCUGGGAAUGGCAUACAACAAUUCUGGGGCGCAGUAUCAAGCUGGACUGGCUACAUUUUGGGGCUCAUGGGCUUUCUUGAUCGGCAGUUACCUGCAGCUUUACGAAAGUCUGAGCAAGCAUCCUGUGGAACAGGUGUCAUCAAUGGAUGAGUUCAUAUCCAGGAAAUAG